AUGGUGCGAGAAGGGGCAGCUACAUGCCCACUGAGAGAGCGGUUUGAGAUUCCAGGAUCUGGGGCAAAGCCAGAUGCAUUUCUGGAACAAGUGUCUGCAGAGAAUAUCCUACAAACCCUCAAGGUUCUGGAAGUCAAAAUCAUAAAUAACAAGUUGGCAACUCCACUGUGCCAGAAAGUGACAGAUAUCAUCAUCAAGUACCUGAGGACGGUGAAACCAGAACAAGACCUGGAGGAGAAAUGUACUGCAGUCCUGCUGGCGAUCGGGUCCCACUUUCCAAGAAUGAUCAUCGAGAAACUCUGGGACAGAGUCCAUCUGUACAACUUGCCUCCCAGAAGCCUCCUGGUUGCCAUUGGAAAACUCAGUGGCUGCCCGGGCGGUCGCCUCCCCUCCCUGGAGCAAGGAUUCUUCUCGCACUCUCCCCCAGGUACAGCCCACUGCAUCGGCACCACGUGGGAACAUGUCCUGCGCCUUCUGAGGCUGGCACAGGAAGAGGAAGACAUGUUGGCCAUAUGUCAGGUACUCAAUGGAUUGGUCCUCAGCGCUCGGAAGCACCUGGAUCUGGGCGCCAGUGCUGAUGAAGUGAUGGACAUCACACAGGAGGCGGUGUCCAUCAAGGCCUACCACACUCUCCGGGUGCUCUUCAAUCGUUGGCCCAUGAAGAGCAAGGGAAAGGUGGCAGAGCAGACCCUGGUCAUCAUUGGCCACCUCUUCUUCCUCAUUGCACCAUCCAAACUCAAGAACCAAGUGAACCAGUUAAUCCGCUGGUUGAUGACGAUGUCCAACAAUGUGACACCUUUCUACAUCUCCCAGCUGAACAUCAGAGUAAACAGCGCAGAUUCUUACUCUGUCCAGAACAGUCUCCUGGUCCUCAGGACCUUCAGUGUCCUAACCAAGUUGUACAAUGACCAGGUGGUAUUGUUAAUACGCAAGACCAUGGAGUCCAAGGACCCGGCCCUGGUGGAGUCGGCUCUCCACGUCUUCAUGGAUUUGUUCCUGGAAGUGCCCCAGUCGGAAAAGCUGAGGAAUGAGAUCAUGCACUCAACCAUCGUCAUGGUUCAAAAGGAUCUCAAACCAGUGAGGAAGGCCCUCCUGAGCUUCAUCGAGAUGCUGGGGCGGCACGACUACCUGUCCCUGCCCCAGAGCAACUCGAUCCUGGACUACAUCAUCAUCAAGCUCUGUGAAUCUGAGUACUCUGUACCCUUGCCCAGAUUGGUCACCAUAAUGUGUGAGCCCAGCAAUCUCUUCGCCUUCGUGCCCCUGAGUAAGACAGUCGUGGAAAUGGCUCAGAAGGCCCAGGCCCAGGGCCAGGCCCCCUACCUCAGCAACUUCCACCUCACGCCCACCCAGUUUGUAACCCCACAGAACCUCCUGACCUGUCUUGUGAUGCUUUCCCUAAAGCCCUACAAAGAAAAGGACAUUGGUGUAAGUGCCCUAAAGCUACUUCAUGCCCUGCAUCCUAUCACCUCGCUGCACCCCAUUAUCAACUCAGAUGUGGGCCAGCUGUGGAAGCAAGAGAUCCCUAAGAUGGUGGAGUUCCUGGAUGACCACAAUGAGAAGACCCUGAUUCAGGAGAAGUGGGAGAAGUGGCUGCUCAAGUUUUCAAGUAGAUCACUGGUGGCCAUGAAUGAUGACAAGUGGCUGAAGUACCUCAUCAGCGUCAUCUUGAAGAGGAUUAAUUAUUUCAGCGAGGCUCACGAGAAGACUUUCCUAUAUAAAUUCUUCGGCUUCUCCCUGUGGACCUCAACUGACAAGAAACUGGUGCAAAUCAUGCUCUCCUCCUUGCUCCAGACUACUCACGAGGACCUGGAGGAGCGGGAGGGCAUCGCUGUGGCGGUCAGUAUCGUGGCCACGAGACACAUGAAGGUGGUUCUGGACCAACUGCAAGUGUACUGUACAGUACUCACGGACCAGGACUCCUCGUACAUCCUCCAGAUGCCGAAGGAACAUCAGCAGAGGGAGUGGGGGCUGGUGUGCAGGACCCUCUACUUAUGCUACAGCAAGAUCAUCUCUGCGAGCAAGACAGUGAUCUACCACCACAUGGACGCCAUCCUGACCUUGAUCCCGCUGCACUACUACAACUGCAUCGUGGAGAAGGACAUGAAUCUGAAGCUGGACUACCUGGACGCCCUGACCGUGCUGACAAACAACCUGAGCAGCUACCCCAUGGCCUUCCAAUUCGAGUUUCCCCACAAGCCAGACAUUGUAGCCUUCAUGGUGGAGCUCAUCAAAGAGGAGCCGAUGACCGCCGUCUCCAGCUUCAUCAGGCAGAAGGCCAUGAACAUCAUCACUGACUUCGGGAUGCUCAGGCCCCUCAUUGAUGUGGAAGAAAAGUCAGACCUGCUUCGAAUAUGCUUCAAGAGUGUGCUCUGCCUGCCGCCUGUAGAGUCCUUGCAGAAGGAGGAGUCUGGCUCCCUGGAGUCCCAGUUCAAUGUGAAUAUGUUCAAGGAGACCCUGCAAGCGCUCCGAAAGAUGAUGGAGGCGCUGAUUAUCGAGAUGCCCACGCGGACCCAGCACUGCCUGGAGCUUCUGGACACGUGGAUGAAUUCCCAGAGGGACCACGAGCGGGAGCGGGCCAUGUGGUGCACAGCCUGUAUUCUUGGCUACAUUGCAAAACUGAAGGACUUUGAUAAGAAAAUUGAGUUCUCCCGACUGGGACGCCUGGUGCGGCUGCUGGCCAUGCGCUGCCAAGACCCCGUGGAAAACAUCUGCUUCCUGUCUGCCCAGGCUGUCUACAACCUCUACUGUAUCCUCUUGCGGCAAAAGCACUUGGGAAGGAAGAAGGAGGGCUUGUGGGAAGAAGAGGGCAAGAGUGGCAUCUACAGUGCCAACGUGUUCUUCAACAGCACCUUUGAGAUUGCCAAGGCAUUUGCAGAGUACUUCACCAAGGCCCAGGUCACCAAUCUGGUGCUGACGGCCCUAGAGGGCCUGACCGACAGCAGGGCCAAGGUGUCUCUGGCUGUGGCCCAGCUGAUGAGCGCGGUCCUGAAAGAGCGGGGCAAAGACGUGAUGAAGAUUGAGGAAGUCAUGGACGGCAUCCUCAGUAGGCUCAACUCGCAGCUGGAGCCCAGCACCAAGGAGGAGACCCUGCAGGCCAUGUGCUGGCUGGCCAGCAGCAACACCCUCACCGUGGUAUCCAUGCUGCUCAGCAAGCCCCUGCCGUGGAACAGAACCAACCUGAGCGUGUGGAAGGCGUUUGGCACCCUGCGGGAAAGCACCAUCAGCGUCCUGCUGCUGCUCAUCAGCAUCCUGGAGAAGCUGCACCCCAGGGAGGAAGCCUCGGAGCUGGACGUCCAGCCGGUGGCGGUGGCAUGCGCCUUGUGUGAGAUGCUCUCGGGGUCCCUGUGCCAGGAGGCGAUCCGGGAACUCUACCCCCGGCUGUUGCUGGCUGUGCUGUACCAUUUGCACUGGGUGAUUGAACAAGAUACUCCCCAGAAGAUGGUGGUGUACGCAAAGGAGGGGUACCUGGGCAGUAAGAACAAGGCCUACGACCCCACCAGCUGUGCUCUCGAGGUGGUGAGGCUGGUGAUACUGGCGGCAGCCUAUGAAGGAGUGGUGAACUAUGCAGAUAACCACAGCUGCUGGAGCCUCCUGUCCUCCCCCAUGUUUUAUUACAUGGGGAUCGUGGACCUGACCAGCCACCUGGUCUCCCUGUCCUUGCUGUCCCGUGUCCACCGCUCCCUUGCCACCUCCUCCCGGCCACUCUUGGCUUCCUGUGUCCCACCCAGCGGUAUUGUGAAAACCUGUGAGCCUGCCGUUCUGCACCGAAUCCUGAACCUUGUCAGGAACCUCCUGUACAGCCCAGACAACUACUGGAUGAUCCUGGCCAGAGCCUUCUAUGCGCAGCUCCUCUGGCACCGGUCAGUGGCUCAGACUCUGGGGCAAGACUUCUUGGGCAAUUUGAGCAGGUGGAUCAAGGAGCCCAACCUUAUUAUGAAAGAAAUCGGCCUCCGGGGAAUCAGCAACCUGGCCCUGCACCCACAGCAGUCAGAGGCUCUGAAAAGCCUGGUUCCGUUAUUGCGAAGCCUGCUGAGGAGUGAGGUGCGCGUGGCGGUGCAGGCCGUGAAGAGCCUGCGGAACAUCAUCUGCCACGGGAAGGGAGUGGACGUCAAGGUGGUCUUCUGCAGCAUUGCCAGGCAGCUGCGUCCGCUCAUUAAUGAUGAGAGGGACCAGGUGCGGAUCGUAGCCACCUCUUCCCUGGGCCACAUGCUGCGUCAGGUUAGCAAGUUUAAGUCUGGGUCCACCGUCCGAAGAGAGAUCUACACUUUUCUGGUCCCGCUGCUGCUCAGCAUCCAGGACACCAACACCGAGGUGGUUAAGGCCUGUGGUGGAGCCCUGACCGAAUGGACCAAGGUGAUCGUCUGGUCGUCGCUCACAGAGAUAUUCAGGCACACCACCCUCAGCGACCACAUCCACGUGUUGGAAGAAACGUGCAAGUACCUGUUGAAGCUUUGA